CACUCUAUUCUAUUGUUUCUUCUGUUCCCUUUCUUUCUUAUACCUGAAAGCAGGAAAAAGAAAAUCAACAAAUAAUUCAAAUGAUUAAAUCAAUAACACAGACGAGAGCUAGCUAGGUAGCAUGAUAGAUAUGUCAUCCGGCAAAGGGAAAGAUAUCGCAGAAGGAUCAUCAUCGUCGACGAGGUUUUCUGUUCCUGCUUCGGCUUCGGCUUCGGCUUCUGCGGCGGCGGCGGCGCCGGUGACGGCCCAGCAACAGCCGCUGAGCCGGUAUGAGUCGCAGAAGAGGAGGGAUUGGAACACUUUUGGGCAGUACUUGAGGAAUCAGAGGCCUCCGGUGGCUCUAUCACAGUGCAGUUCCAGCCAUGUUCUUGAUUUUCUGAGAUACUUGGAUCAGUUCGGGAAGACUAAGGUGCACUCACAAGGUUGUCUGUUCUUCGGGCAGGCGGAGCCGCCGGGGCCAUGCACAUGUCCUCUCAGACAAGCUUGGGGCAGCCUGGACGCGCUCAUCGGAAGGCUGCGAGCCGCGUACGAGGAGAAUGGCGGCUUGCCGGAGACAAACCCGUUUGCCAGCGGCGCCAUAAGAGUUUACCUGAGAGAAGUGAGGGAUUCUCAGGCCAAGGCAAGAGGAAUCCCUUACAAGAAGAAGAAGAAGAAGAGGAAUCUCGUGAAGGAUACCUCAAAUAGCUUGCCUUUGCAGUAAUUCAAGGUUCAUUUGGUUCCUUUUUGGCCUUGUUCACGAUUACUAAAUGGUCUCUAAAUAAUGUCCAAGUCAUGAAAGAUUGAUGGAUAUAUGAGCUGCCAGCUUGGCAUUAGCAGUAUCUUCUGGGGUGAAUGUGAAGCUAAGUUAAAUCCUUUCUCGGCCUUUGUAUUGCAAAGGACAUUGUAUUUAUUAUUUGAAUGCGAAUACUUAGGAGAUGAAGUUCAGGAAGAUUAAUAUAGUAUACAAUUAUAAUGAGUAGUCACUCUAGUGUACGGAUAUCUAUAAUAUAAUUCAGCGUUAUAUCAGGCAAGGCUUAUAUAUAACCUUGAACUAUAUAUCCUAAGAAGCUAGCUAGCUAGUGUGUUUAAUUACGAUGCAACCUUUGAAUCCUUAAUUUGUAUCCUUUGACUAAGUACAUUCAAGGAAUUUUUGGGGCUUAUUGCUGCUGUGGUAUUUUGGCGAUAUGGUUAUACAUGCUACUUUUAUCCAUCUUAGCUAUA